AUGUUGAAAGUGCUUAAAACUAAUUUGGUCAUCGCGCAAAAUAGGAUGAAAGUGCAAGCAGAUAAACACAGAAGUGAGAGAACUUUUGAGGUGGGAGAUUUGGUUUAUUUGAAGCUCAUUCCCUACCAGCUGCACUCACUCACAACUUAUGUCUAUCACAAGCUGCACCCUAAGUUUUAUGGUCAUUUUGAAGUGUUGGAAAAAGUUGGAGAGGUAGCCUACAAGUUAAAACUCCCUGAGACCUCUAAGAUACACCCAGUUUUCCAUGUCAGUGGCUUGAAGAAAUAUAUUGGUCCUGAUGUUAACCCAGUGCCAUUGUUACCAUUGGUCACUGAUGAUGGGUUACAAGUUCAAGAGCCUUUGAGUGUGCUACAGAGGAGGGUGUAUAAGAAGAACAAUGUUGUUGGGGUGCACUUGCUUAUUCACUGGAAGGACAAGGACGUUGAAGAAUCAACCUGGGAGGAUUAUAAUGAGUUCACUGCAAGAUUUCCAAAAUUCAACAUCAACGUAUUUCUCGUCUACGGCCAAUGUCCCGGCGAUCAGCAAUCUUUGCUGCUACAAUUGAAGAACAACCUCACAUUUGACACUGCAACAUCUAAGAAACUUGUCAAGUGGAACAAAGGCUCGGAUCACUGCUCUUGGGAAGGAGUGUCCUGCAAAAAGGGUUGUGUUUCGAGUCUGGACUUGAGCAGCGAGGAAAUUACUGGUGGACUUGAUAAUUCGAGUUCUCUUUUCGGUCUCAAGUCAAUCGAGUACCUGAAUUUGGCUUACAACUUCUUCAACUAUACUCAGAUUCCAUCCGAGUUCAAGCAGCUAACCGGUUUGAGUAAUCUGAACUUGUCGAAUGCUGGCUUUGCGGGGCAGGUUCCGAUUGAGAUUUCACACCUGACGAGGUUGGUAACUCUUGAUUUGUCUACCUUUUAUUUCCCCGGGACUCCUUCGUUGAAACUUGAGAAUCCAAGAUUAGAUGUGCUGCUUAGGAACUUUUCUGAGCUUGUUGAACUUUAUCUCGAUGGUGUGAAUAUAUCAGCACAGGGGACUGAGUGGUGCCAAGCGAUAUCAUCUUCAUUGCCAAACUUGAGGGUAUUGAGCUUGUCCACUUGUAACCUUUCAGGCCCUAUUCAUAAUUCAUUACUGAAGCUUAAGUCACUCUCAGUUAUUCGUAUUGAGAACAACGAUUUGUCUACUCAAGUUCCAGAGUUCUUCUCGAAAUUCCACAAUUUGAAUUCCUUACGAAUCAUGAAUUCUGGAUUAUAUGGUGCAUUCCCAAAGAAUAUCUUCAAGGUGCCGACACUGCAGACUAUUGACUUAUCCGGUAAUCCACAGCUUAAAGGUUCCUUACCAGAAUUUCCAAAGAAUGGCUCUCUUCAAUCGCUGGUUCUCCAUGGGGCAAAUUUCUCAGGCCAGAUGCUUCCGAACUCUAUUGGGAACCUCAAAUUGCUGUCCAAAAUAGAUAUUGGAACUUGUAAUUUCACUGGGUCAAUCCCGAGAUCAAUGGAAGACCUUACACAGUUGGUUUAUUUGGAUUUGUCGGCUAACAAUUUCAAUGGUUCAGUUCCAUCUUUCAGUAUGGCCAAGAAUCUGACCCUACUAGAUCUUUCUUACAAUCAGCUAACGGGUCAGAUUAAUUCCUCACGCUGGGAAAACCUGACUAGUCUGGUGAAUCUUGACUUGCGACACAAUCUACUUAAUGGGACCAUUCCACCAUCUGUGUUUUCUCUUCCCAUGCUGCAGAAGCUACACCUUUCUGACAAUGAAUUUUCUGGUAAGUUGCCUGAAUUUGGUGCUAUAGCUGUACUGGACACACUUGAUUUGAGUAGCAACAAGUUGGAAGGGCCAAUUCCGAAGUCUAUCUUGAAAUUCCGAGGGCUUAAGAUUCUUUUACUAUCUUCAAACAACUUCACUGGCUCUUUUCUUCUGAAUGAUAUUCAGCAGCUAAAAAAUCUUUCGAGUCUUGAUCUUUCAUUCAAUAGCUUGUCUAUUAAUUACAAUGACACCAAUUCCUCUCAUUCUUCAUUUCCAAAUAUCACCACAUUGAAGUUAGUUGCUGGCAACUUGAGAAGAAUCCCAAGUUUCUUGAGAAAUCAAUCAAAAUUAAGCAUUUUGGACCUAUCACAAAACCAGAUUCAUGGUGAGAUACCCAACCGGAUUUGGAGGCUCAGUAAUCUUCUUCAACUAAAUCUUUCUUGCAACUCUCUGGUAACUGUAGAAGGUCCUUUCAUCAAUCUUAGUUCUACUUUGUCUCUGCUUGACCUUCACUCCAACCAGCUUCAGGGACAAAUUCCAGGUCUUUCACGAUUUGCCACUUAUCUGGAUUAUUCAAGAAAUAAUUUCAGCUCAAGCAUUCCGGCUAACAUUGGUGAUUUCGUCGUGUACACUAUGUUCUUUUCUCUUUCAAGCAACAACAUCAGUGGGGCCAUUCCAGAAUCAGUGUGCAACGCAUCAUUUCUCCAGGUUCUUGAUUUUUCCAAUAAUUCUAUAAGUGGCACAAUUCCCCAGUGCUUGAGUGCAAUAAGCACCCUUGCAGUACUUAAUCUAAGGAGAAACAAAUUCUCUGGAGCUGUUCCUGAUAAAUUUCCUCGGAGUUGUAGUGUAAAAACUCUAGACCUCAAUGGCAAUCACAUAGCAGGUCCAUUUCCAAAAUCUCUAGCCAACUGCACAAUGCUAGAGGUUGUAAACCUUGGAAGCAAUCAGCUGACAGAUAUCUUUCCUCGCUUGUUGAAGAAUAUAUCCUCCUUGCGUGUCCUUGUUUUGCGAUCCAACCAUUUUUAUGGACAAAUUGGAUGUAACACGACCAGUGGCCCCUGGCCAAAGCUUCAAAUUGUUGACAUAGCUCGCAACAAUUUUAGUGGUGAAAUAUCAGGAACAUGUUUGAUAACCUGUUACCACCAAAGGUCUAGAGAUGGAAUUGGUAAGGAUCUUAACAGUCUUCACCUCAAUUGA